UCAGCAGCCCACCUCGGCUCAGUCGUACGAGAAAAGCUCCCGCGAAUGGAACGCAGAACGGCCAAAUGCUGCUGCACCCACCACGGAGGCGGAGGACAACCAGCAGCAGCAGCAGCAACUGCAAAGUGCUAGUAGUGCUGGACCAGAUCCGUGCUCCCGGGCGGAGCAGGUACUGCUUCCGAGGCGUCGUCGUCGUCCAGGCGAAAAGAACCAGCUAGCUCUAGUGUGGUGCCAGAUACCAGGAGAAAAUGUAUUCGGCAAGCAGAAGCAGAAGUAGUAGCAGCAGCGUAGGACGAUUCGGUGCCAUCAAUAUACUAGCAAUGCGAAAAUUUGCUCGGUGAAAUGAACAACUUGCCGACGAAGAAGAAGAAAUUGGGGUGACCAACACACACAGCAGCAGCAGCAGCAGUCGACGAGAGUGUGCGCGAGAGCGAGCUCAGUGUGCAAGCAAACGAAACGAAACGAAACGGGGAGCAGAAAAAAAACCUCCCGAGUAGAAGAAGGCCGUAGAAGAAACACCGAAACAGGAGGUCGCCCAAGAAGAAGUGACGCAGCAGAAGACGGCGAAGCGAAGAAGGAAGAGAAGAAGGAGGAAAAAAAGUGCUCUUUAAGUCGGGUGUGCGUGUGUGCGAGGAGAAAGGGAAAACGGAGGCUAGGCGCCGACAACAAGAACAACACGAGAGAGUGCGUGAGUGCGUGCGAGUGCGUGAGGUAUGAGAUGAGAGGAGCAGCAGCGAUGAGCACUUAAAUUAGCAACGGCAACAUCCAGCUUUUACCUCACAAUUUUCCAACAAAACAACAACAACAACAGAAACCAACAACGCGGAAGUCGUCGUCCCGAACGAGGGGUAAAACACCCGAGAAUUGAAGUAACCUAAGCACUCUCGCGCGCGCAUACAACCAACCAAACCGCAAACGCAAACGGAACAUUACAACAAGCGUUUCCACACCCGUACGGAACGUCCCGGAAUCGUCGUAAUCGCCGCCGCCAGGAUGUCGCUGGAUAUCGAAGUGCCGCACGUCAGGAGCCCCUCGUUAGGUGUCCUCAUACUGACACUUAACCUGGCCCUGUUCCUGCCUCAGACUAUAAAUAGGACGCCGCCGUACGUGCUCGCGGGAACGGGCGGAGGCAGUAUGCUAGGAGAUGUAAAUAUUUCGGCUAUUCUAGAUUCGUUCAGCGUUGGCUACGACAAAAGAGUAAGACCAAACUACGGAGGACCGCCGGUCGAAGUGGGAGUCACCAUGUAUGUGCUGUCUAUCAGUUCGCUGUCAGAAGUUAAAAUGGAUUUCACAUUGGAUUUCUACUUUCGACAAUUUUGGACUGAUCCACGUUUAGCUUACAGAAAAAGGCCGGGUGUAGAAACACUGUCAGUUGGAUCUGAGUUCAUAAAGAAUAUUUGGGUACCCGACACGUUUUUUGUAAACGAGAAACAAUCAUACUUUCAUAUAGCGACUACUAGUAAUGAAUUUAUAAGAAUACAUCAUUCUGGAUCUAUAACUAGAAGUAUUCGAUUAACAAUCACAGCAUCAUGUCCAAUGAAUUUACAAUAUUUUCCAAUGGAUAGACAGUUAUGUCAUAUAGAAAUAGAAAGCUUCGGAUACACUAUGCGAGAUAUCCGGUACUUCUGGAAAGACGGCCUAAGUAGUGUCGGAAUGAGCAGCGAAGUAGAACUACCACAAUUUAGAGUACUUGGUCACAGGCAGAGGGCGACCGAAAUUAACCUUACCACAGGAAAUUAUUCACGUUUAGCAUGUGAAAUACAGUUUGUACGUUCGAUGGGUUAUUAUCUCAUUCAGAUUUACAUACCAUCCGGAUUAAUUGUAAUCAUCUCGUGGGUAUCAUUUUGGCUAAAUAGAAAUGCUACACCAGCACGUGUUGCAUUAGGUGUAACCACUGUCUUGACAAUGACAACUCUGAUGUCGUCAACGAAUGCUGCCUUACCGAAAAUAUCUUAUGUAAAAUCGAUUGACGUAUAUUUAGGCACAUGCUUCGUCAUGGUAUUUGCCAGUCUGCUGGAGUACGCCACCGUCGGUUAUAUGGCGAAGCGGAUACAGAUGCGCAAGCAGCGCUUCAUGGCAAUCCAGAAGAUCGCCGAACAGAAGAAGCAACAGGCGGCGGACGCCAACCAUCCGCCCCCACCGCCCCCGGCGGUCAGUGAUCAUGGCCACGGGCACGGGCACGGCCACAGCCACGGCCACCAGCACACGCCGAAGCAGCAGAUGGGCAGCCGUGCCGGUACGAUGUCCAAUGUGAACCCCCAUAAUAUCGCGGGAUCACGAGGUUGUUCUAUUGUAGGUCCACUGUUCCAAGAGGUGCGCUUUAAGGUGCACGACCCGAAGGCGCACUCGAAAGGUGGCACGCUGGAGAACACGAUCAACGGGGGACGCGGCGGGGGCGGCCCACCGGGUGGACCACCGGGAGGUCCGCCCGGGGGCGGUGGCGGUGGUGGCGGCGGCGGACCGGACGAGGAAUCGGGUGCACCGCAGCAUCUGAUACACCCGGGCAAGGAUAUCAACAAACUACUAGGAAUUACACCCUCGGAUAUCGACAAGUACUCUCGAAUCGUGUUCCCGGUCUGCUUCGUCUGCUUCAACCUGAUGUACUGGAUCAUCUAUCUGCACGUAAGCGACGUCGUGGCCGAUGAUCUGGUGCUGCUCGGCGAGGAGAAGUAAAUCCCGAACAAGAAGAAGACGAAAAUAGUAUCGAAUAAGACAAAGAAGACGCAGAAGAAAAGGGCAGACACACACACACACACACACAUACACACAGAGACACACAGUUACACACGCGCGAACAAUUACACUUGAAAACACUUUCACACAAGCCAGGCAGACAUUCCAGUAGUCAGGGCCAGAAGGGCUAGGACAACGCUAGAAGGGCAAAAGGAUGUGUGUGUGUGUGCAGGGUAGCGAACAAGAUCAGAACAGAAUUCACACAGACACACACACACACACAGACGCAGACGUGCAAGGUCAAGAGGAAGAACAUAUAACAACAAAAGUAUAAGAAAUUUUUAGGAUUUAUUUUUACCUAUUUACAGUUUCGGUUCUUUUUUAUACGUAUACAAGAGGUAAAAUGAAAAAAAACUAGAUUUUAUCGUUAUUGAUGAUUAACAUUAUAGAGAUGAAGUAACGAAAAAAUAUUCCUAAUUCAAAACAUAACAAGAAAUACAUAGAGACACGUGUGUGGAAGCAAAAAAAACGCAAGGAACUAAAAAGCAAGGUGGAGAAUUUAUGACUAGUUGAUAAGCAGCAAACCACAACAACAAGAACAAAAUAUGAAGCUAGUUAAGCAAAGCGAAAAACAAAACAAACGAUAACUUCAAAUUAGAGCAAACAACAAACUGGUGAAUUGAACGAGUCUAGGAACGAAUUAGAUUCUCAAACUCUGACACAAACACACACAGCCACACUCACACGCAGACAAAUACACACACACACACUCACACACACACACACUCACUCACUGCAUUACGAGUUAAUAUUUAAAGAAACAGCGUAGGAAAUCAAAAGUUUUUGAAUUACAAAAACGUUAAAUAAUGCAAAACCAAAAGAAACAAACAAGCAAAAAAAA